GCGUGAACUUGAAAAUUCACGGAGAGAAAACACCGAGAAAUAAUUUGUCGAAGCGGUAACCAGAGACCCUGUUAUUAUUGUUUUUCUCCAGUCGAAUGUGAAUGAAAUACGACGAUUAUAUCCUGAGUAUUGUAUUAUGAAAGCAAUGGCUCAUCACUACGUAGUGACUGCUCACAAACCAACGGCUGUAACAGCCUGUGUAACCGGUAAUUUUACAUCUCCAACGGAUCUGAAUCUUAUUCUGGCUAAAAAUACGAGACUGGAGAUUUAUUUGGUCACUCCUGAAGGCCUCAGGCCAUUGAAGGAGGUUGGAAUGUAUGGAAAAAUCGCAGUCAUUAAAUUUUUCAGACCACCACACGAAAAGAAGGAUCUCCUGUUCCUCCUGACGACGAGAUACAAUGCCAUGAUCCUAGAAUGCUCCGGAGAAGGAGAGGAAAUAGAAAUAAUCACAAAAGCCCACGGCAACGUGGCAGACAGAAUAGGUAAGCCCUCAGAGACAGGAAUAAAAGCAGUGAUCGAUCCAAAAGCAAGAGUAAUCGGUCUUCGACUGUACGACGGUCUCUUCAAGAUCAUUCCGCUGGACAAGGACAACCCGGAAUUAAAAGCCUCCUCAAUUAGAAUGGACGAGCAACAAGUUCAGGACGUGAAUUUUCUCCAUGGCUGUGCAAAUCCCACCCUGAUAAUAAUCCACCAGGACAUCAACGGACGUCACGUGAAAACCCACGAGAUAUCCUUGAGAGACAAAGAGUUCGUGAAAACUCUCUGGAAGCAGGACAACGUCGAGAGAGAGUCGAUGAUGGUGAUUCCAGUCCCCUCUCCAAUCUGUGGUGCCAUUAUCAUAGGACAGGAGAGUAUUCUCUAUCACGAUGGUACAACGUACGUGGCUGUGGUGCCCCCCAUCAUAAAAUACAGCACAAUUACCUGUUAUGCUAAGGUAGACGCCCAGGGUCUUCGCUAUUUACUGGGGGACAUGGCAGGGCACCUCUUCAUGCUCUUUCUGGAGCAGGAGAAAAAAUUGGAUGGCACUCUGGUGAUAAAAGACCUGAAGGUGGAGCUCCUCGGUGAAGUCAGUAUUCCAGAGUGCAUAACGUACCUCGACAACGGUGUCAUCUUCGUGGGCAGUCGUCUAGGUGACUCUCAACUCAUCAAAUUAAUCACAAAAGCUGACGAGAAUGGGUCUUACUGCGUUCCCAUGGAGACCUUCACAAAUUUAGCACCAAUCGUUGAUAUGGCUGUCGUCGAUCUUGAGCGUCAGGGUCAAGGACAGAUGGUCACGUGCUCUGGGGGAUUCAAGGAGGGCUCCCUCAGGAUAAUCAGAAAUGGAAUUGGCAUUCAGGAGCAUGCCAGCAUCGAUCUUCCUGGUAUAAAGGGAAUGUGGGCGUUGAAGGUGGGGAAUAAGAGUUUUGAUAAUACUCUGGUGGUAUCUUUUGUUGGCCAGACGAGAAUUCUCACCCUGAAUGGGGAAGAGGUCGAGGAGACUGAGAUUCCAGGGUUCGUGGCGGACGAGCAGACUUUUCACACCGGAAAUGUCAGUGAUGAUCUUCUGAUUCAAAUCACCCCAACCUCCGUUCGACUCAUCUCCCACGAGGCAAAAUCAGUGGUUUCUGAGUGGGAGCCUGAUAACAAACGCACCAUCUCCGUGGUAGCUUGCAAUGGUAGACAAGUGUUGUGUGCAACUGGUAAUGAUUUAUUCUACAUUGAAAUCACAGACGAGAAAAUUAUUCCAAAGGGAUUUAUAACUCUGCAGCACGAAGUCGCAUGUUUGGAUAUUUCACCCCUCGAUGGAUGCACAGAGGCGAAAAUAGUGGCUGUGGGAUUGUGGACAGACAUCUCCAUCAGAAUCCUAACACUUCCGAGUCUUGAGGAGAUCAACAAGGAAUUGCUCGGUGGUGAGAUAAUCCCCAGAUCAAUUCUCAUGACUUGCUUCGAGGGAAAUACUUAUUUGCUUUGUGCUCUCGGUGAUGGCUCCAUGUACUACUUCUCUCUGCUGAAGGACAAUGGAGUUCUCUCUGACAAGAAGAAAGUCACCCUGGGAACACAACCAACUGUCCUGAGAACCUUCAGAUCUCUAUCAACUACCAAUGUAUUUGCAUGCUCUGAUCGUCCAACUGUCAUCUACUCCUCCAACCACAAACUGGUGUUCAGCAAUGUGAACUUGAAGGAAGUCAAUCACAUGUGCUCACUCAAUGCUGAAUCUUAUCCAGACAGUCUGGCACUCGCUACUGAUUCUACAGUGACUAUUGGUACUAUCGAUGAAAUUCAGAAGCUCCAUAUAAGAACUGUUCCUCUAGGUGAAUCACCCAGGCGAAUAGCCUAUCAAGAAUCAUCCCAGACCUUCGGUGUUAUCACGAUGAGGGUUGAUGUCCAGGAGAGCAGUGGAGUGAGCAUUGUUCGUCCAUCAGCAUCUACCCAGGCAACAUCGACAUCUAGCGCCUCACACGUAGCAUCGCACAGUAAACCUGGACACACAGCAUCCAGUGAAAUUGGACAGGAAGUUGAGAUUCAUAAUCUCUUGAUCAUCGAUCAGCACACGUUUGAAGUUCUUCAUGCUCACACCUUGAUGCCCAACGAGUACGCGUUAUCUUUGAUAUCGACGAAGCUUGGCGAGGAUCCCACGUCUUAUUUCAUUGUUGGAACAGCUGUGGUAAAUCCUGACGAGUCAGAACCGAAGAUGGGGAGAAUUCUGCUGUACCAGUGGAACGAUGGAAAAUUCAGUCAGAUUGCUGAGAAGGAGAUCAAGGGAGCUUGUUACUCACUCGUUGAAUUCAAUGGAAAGCUGUUGGCCAGUAUUAAUAGUACUGUUAGACUUUUCGAGUGGACAGCUGAGAAGGAGUUGAGGCUUGAGUGCAGUCAUUUUAAUAAUAUUAUUGCUCUCUUCUUGAAGACCAAAGGGGAUUUUGUACUUGUUGGUGAUCUCAUGAGGUCUUUUACUCUUCUUCAGUACAAGACGAUGGAGGGGAGCUUUGAGGAGAUAGCUAGGGAUUACAAUCCCAAUUGGAUGACAGCCAUUGAGAUUCUUGAUGAUGAUACCUUCCUGGGGGCUGAGAACUGCUUCAACUUGUUUGUCUGUCAGAAGGACAGUGCAGCUACCAGUGAGGAGGAGAGACAGCAGAUGCAGGAGGUUGGGCAAUUUCAUCUGGGGGAUAUGGUUAAUGUAUUCAGGCAUGGAUCUCUCGUCAUGCAGCAUCUUGGAGAGAGCAGUACACCCACUCAGGGUUGUGUACUUUUUGGCACUGUUGGGGGAGCUAUUGGACUUGUUACCCAGAUUCCUUCGGGCUUUUAUGAGUUCUUGAGGAAUUUGGAGGACAGGCUCACGUCUGUUAUCAAGAGUGUGGGAAAGAUUGAGCAUCAUUUUUGGAGGAGUUUUAAUACUGAGCUGAAGGUUGAACAGUGUGAGGGGUUCAUUGAUGGGGAUCUUGUCGAGAGCUUUCUGGAUUUGAAUCAUGAGAAAAUGGCGGAGGUUGCUAUGGGACUCACGAUUGAUGACGGUAGUGGGAUGAAAAAGGAGGCAACCGUGGACGAUCUAGUUAAAGUCGUCGAGGACCUCACGAGGAUACAUUGAAGGGAUACAGAUGGAAUUAAUGGAAUAAAUUUUGUGACUGUGCACUUAUUAUCGUCACUUGACGCCGAUUCUCUUGAUAAAAAUACCGUGAAAAUAAUAAAUGAGCAAAUGGCAUGUUCCCAACGACAAAACCAAACAAUUCGAUAUCAGUGUAAUAAUGGAAAGAAUAUCCCAGUGAAUGUACGUGGGAAUUCAAUUUUGCAACAAUGUUGAACAUUUGGCAGUACAUAACGUUAUUACAUUAGAUUUAUACCUGUUUAAGGUGGACUGUAUAAAAUAAAAACAUAAUUAUGUAAA